UUGAGUCUCCACUCCAGCCUAACUACAGCCAUGGACCCCGCUUACAUGGGAGGCAUGUCGCCUUCGUACGUUCCCAGGAAGAGGAAGACCGCUCCGCCUCAACAGAGGAGCAGCGUUCCGUAUCCAGUUGUCCAGCGCAUGCCUGAAAGGUCGUUUGAGAUGAGCGUGAUCGGACUUCCCCGGAAUGAUGAGGCUCAAGCACUCGAAGCCCAGAAGAUGAAGCGGACAUACGGGAGGAAAAGGUAUGAAGACCUGCAGAAUGUCACUCCAGGCCCUGUUGGUGUGGGCUAUCCUGUCCCUGACCCUUCCUGUUGCUCUGUGAUGUCAUCCAGCCUGGCCAAUGGGAUGGAGGGGGGGUUUGCCCCGCCCCUGACCAGGAUGCCCCCUAGGCUGGUGGCUAAAGACUGCUGGCCCAGCCCUGGCCUCAGUUCCAGCCUCAGCCUGGGCCCCGGCCCCAUCCCUGUCCCACACCUGGACCAGGGGAGAGACAGAGGGCAAGACCAGGCCUGGAGGAACGAUUUCAUCAUGAAGAAAAUGCCGAGAGUAGAAAUGGAAAGAUCGGCGCCUGUCACUAGCUUCGCUCCUGAAGUGAGACUGAACGUUCCAGCUCCAGUUGCCAGUGGUUACGUCCAGAACAUUCCAGGUGUUGCUGGCUUUUCCCAGAACAGCCUGGUUAGUGGCAGCUUCUCCCAGGCCAGCCCAACACCGUCCCAGUCCUCAGAGGAACCCAAGAACAAGACUCCCAUCUCCUUCUCAACCAAGAAGGAGCCUCCUGUCUACCCUCCAGGCAGCCAGGAGGAGCGCUGGCAGCUGCAGAUCCUGGAUAAAGGCAGGGUGACCUGCCCCAAGUGUAAGAGCGUGAGCAGGAAGACUGUGGAGGGACUGAAGAAGCACAUGGAGUCCUGCCGACUGACCCCCUUCACGUGUCAGCACUGUGGGAAACAGCUCAAGUCUUCCACUGGGAUGAAGUAUCACAUCAUGGCCGACCACAGCAACUUGCCAUCUCCAGGGGAUGGGAUUGCUCUGGACGACCACUCGGUGAAGGAGAAACUGAGGAAGGUUCUGAAGAGGCUCGGACGAUUAAAAUGCUCCAAAGAGGGCUGCAGUGGCAGCUUCACCAGCAUUAUGGGAUACCUGUACCACAUGAAAAAGUGUGGCAAGGAGGAGUCUGAGCUGGAGAAGCUGCUGUUAAACUGCAGUCACUGUGGCAAGGCCUACAAGUCCAAGGCUGGCCUGGAAUACCACCUCAAGUCUGAACACGCUCCGGUGCCCCAGCCAGUGGAGGAGGAGGAGGGGCUGAAGGCCCAGCGGGAGCCCAACGCAGAGUGGAGCCACAGCGGCCGUGUGCAGCGCCAGUCCGCCCAGGUGGCUGUGUUCCACCUGCAGGAGAUCGCCAACGACGAGCUGUCCAAGGACUGGCCCAAGAAGAAGUUCCUCCGAGACCUCGUACCUGACGACCGGAAGCUGAAGUACUCCCGCCCAGGCCUGCCGUCCUUCAGUCAGGAGGUGUUGAGGAAGUGGAAGAACGAGGUGAAGCUGCAGAGGAAGGUUCAGUGCCCCAACCAGGGCUGUGACUGUGUCUACACCAGUGUGUCCGGGCUCAAGGCUCACCUGGGGCUCUGCACCAGGGGCGAUUUUGAGGCAGGGAAGUACCGGUGCCUGAUCUGUAACAAGGAGUUUAACUCUGAGAGUGGCGUUAAGUACCACAUCAACUCUGUGCACUCUCAGGACUGGUUCGUGGUGAACAAGAAAGCGUCCAUUAAAUUUGAGAAGUUUCUGAAGAUGAAACCCAAACACAGUCCUGAUGAAUCCAGCAACCACCACCACCAUCUCCAUCUCCACCAUCUCCACCACCUGGACCUGCUCCACCACCAGCAGCACCAGCACCACCCGGAGAUACACCACCACCAUCAACAGCAUCAACAUCAUCAACAACAGCAUCAUCUCCAGCAGCAGCAUCUCCAGCAGCAGCUGGUGGAGCAGCCACACCACCAGCAGCAGUUCCUGCCCCACCACGAGCACCACCUGCAGUAUCAACACCCCCACCUCCACGACCAGAACCAGCCCCUGCUCCAACAGCUGCAACCCCAGCUCCACCCCCCCCAGCCCCAGCCCCCAGUCCUCCAGUACACCCCCCUGGAGUCCUGGCUGGAGCGCAGGCCCGAACCCCCCCACGCUCAGAGGGAGGCACCGGGGGAGGCGGAGGGGAAGAGGAGGGAGCGGGGGGGAGGCGGGGGGGGAGGGGGGAAGUUCAACGGCGGAGACAGCAGCAGCAGCAGCGUCAGUUCCAGCAGCGAAUCAGAGACUGAGGCGGCCGGCGGACAGAGACAUCACGACCAAUGGGCUCUGAAGAGGCCUGUUGUCAUGGACGCGGGGCCCGAGGUUUCUAAGCGACACAGGAACAACAAUUAAGGACCGUCUGGGAAGAUCCGCUGUGGCAUCCUCUCCCUGCUCUGGAAGGCUGCCCUGCGGCGCACUGGGGCAGGGGGGAUUUGAACCGUGGUGCUGGUGAGAAUGUUCCUGCCGAUGGGGAGGUGAGGGAGACACAGACACAGCUCUGCUCCUCACGGCUCGGGAGGUGAGGGAGACAGCUCUGCUCCUCACGGCACGGGAGGUGAGGGAGACAGCUCUGCUCCUCACGGCUCGGGAGGUGAGGGACACACAGCUCUGCUCCUCACGGCUCGGGAGGUGAGGGAGACAGCUCUACUCCUCACGGCUCGGGAGGUGAGGGAGACAGCUCUGCUCCUCACGGC